AUGUCUAGCAAAAACACUGUGAGGUGCCAAAGCAGCAGCCGCCGUGGCUUCACUGCCAACUCAGCCAGAGUCCCCGGGCUCAGCCGCUCUGGCUUCAGCAGUGUCUCUGUGUGCCGCUCCAGGGGCAGCGGUGGCAUUGGGGCGGUGUGUGGAGGAGCUGGCUUUGGCAGCAGGAGCCUCUAUGGCCUGGGGGGCUCCAAGAGGAUCUCCAUCGGAGGGGGCAGCUGUGCCGCUGGUGGAGUCUAUGGCAGCAGAGUUGGAGGUGGAGUCGGCAGUGGACUCGGUUAUGGUGGUGGACUUGGUGGUGGUUUUGGGCUCGGUGGUGGAGCUGGCUUUGGUGGUGGCUAUGGGGGCGCUGGCUUCCCCGUGUGCCCCCCUGGAGGCAUCCAAGAGGUCACCAUCAACCAGAGUCUCCUCACUCCUCUGAACUUGGAGAUCGACCCCACCAUCUACCGAUUGAGGACUGAGGAGCGGGAGCAGAUCAAGACCCUCAACAACAAGUUCGCCUCCUUCAUCGACAAGGUGCGGUUCCUGGAGCAACAGAACAAGGUCUUGGACACCAAGUGGGCCCUGCUCCAGGAGCAGGGCACCAAGACAGUCAGGCAGAACCUGGAGCCUUUGUUUGAGCAGUACAUCAGCAACCUCAGGAGGCAGCUGGACUCCAUCCAGGGAGAGAGAGGCCGCCUGGACUCAGAGCUGAGGAACAUGCAGGACACUGUGGAAGACUAUAAGAGCAAAUACGAAGAUGAAAUCAACAAGCGCACAGCAGCAGAGAAUGAAUUUGUGACCUUGAAAAAGGAUGUGGAUGCUGCUUACAUGAAUAAGACUGAACUGCAAGCCAAGGUAGACAGUCUUGUCGAUGAGAUCAACUUCCUGAGAGCCUUCUAUGAUGCAGAACUGUCUCAGAUGCAAACCCACAUCUCAGACACCUCUGUGGUCCUGUCCAUGGACAACAACCGCAGCCUGGACCUGGACAGCAUCAUCGCUGAAGUCAAAGCCCAGUAUGAGGACAUCGCUCAGCGCAGCCGGGCUGAGGCUGAGUCCUGGUACCAGACCAAGUAUGAGGAGCUGCAGGUCACAGCAGGCAGACAUGGGGACGACCUGCGGAAC